AAGGAGUAGCUGCUUCCGGUGUUUGUUCCAUGUGGACAGAAACUGUCAUUGGACAAAACAGCUUUAAUUAAUAGAAUCUGAAUGGUUUAUUCAAGAUAACAAAGAAUUUAAUACGUUCAACGAUUAGCAGGGAGAAAAAAUGUCAGACUAUGAACUAAACAAUCAUUUUCCAAAUAAAAUUAACAUUGUGGCUUCACAUAAAGAAGGAGAUUUAACAAACACUAAUAUACAGACUAGAGAAAAAAAACUCACAGUCAUCUACAUUUGUACACCCACAGAACAUCCACAGACACAAUAUCCAUCUACUCAUAUUAAGGAGGAACCAGCCUCGUGUGGAGAAGACAAUCUUACUGACAUUUCUAAACCCACAGAACAUCCACAGACAGAAUAUCCAUCUACUCAUAUUAAGAAGGAACCAGCCUCGUGUGAAGAAGACAAUAUCACAGAUAUUUCUAAACCCACAGAACAUCCACAGACAGAAUACCCAUCUACUCAUAUUAAGGAAGAACUAGCCUUGUGUGAAGAAGACAAUCUCACAGAUCUUUGUAAACACACAGAACAUCCACAGACAAAAUAUUCAUCUUCUCAUAUUAAGGAGGAACCAGCCUCAUGUGAAGAAGGAAAUCUCACAAACAUUUCUGCACCCACAGAACAUCCACAGACACAAUAUCCACGUACUCAUAUUAAGGAGGAACCAGCCUCAUGUGAAAAAGGAAAUCUCACUGACAUUUAUACACCAGAACAUCCACAGACAGAAUAUCAGUCUAUUCAUAUUAAAGAGGAACCAGCCUCGUGUGAAGGAAAUCUCACAAACAUUUCUGCACCCACAGAACAUCCACAUGUAGAAUAUUCAUCUUAUCAUAUUAAUGGGGAGAGAGAUAAGACUGAAAAAUGUGAAUCAUGUGAAGAUGUAAACAUUUUAAAAACUAACAUCUGUUCACUCACAGAAGAUCAACAAACAGACUAUUCCUCUACUCAAAUUAUGGGUGACUCUGCCACUUGUGAAGGGAACUCUUCUGACCAUGAUACAUGUUUUACCAGAAAAAAUGAACUUGUAAAGCACCAGAGAACUCACAGUAGAGAGAAACGUUUCCCUUGCUCUGAAUGUGGGAAAUGUUUUACCACAAAAUCAAAGCUUGUUCAACAUCAUCGAACUCACACAGGAGAGAAACCGUUUUUUUGCUCUGAAUGUGGGAAAUGCUUUACCACAAAAUCACAUCUUAUUCAGCAUCAUAGAUCUCACACAGGCGAGAAACCUUUCUCGUGUUCUGAAUGUGGGAAACGGUUCAGCCAGCGUUCCUAUCUUGUUAAACAUAUAAGAACUCACACAGGAGAGAAGUCUUUCUCGUGUUCUGAAUGUGGGAAACUUUUUAGCUGGUACAAGUGUCUUGUUAGGCAUCAGAGUACUCACACAAGAGAGAAACCUUUCUCAUGUUCUGAAUGUGGGAAAUAUUUUACCACAAAAUCAUAUUUAGUUCAGCACCAGAGAACUCACACUGGAGAGAAACCUUUUUCAUGUCCUGAAUGUGGGAAACAGUUCAGCCAAAGCUCAAAUCUUGUUACACAUCAGAAAACUCACACAAGAGGAAAACCUUUCUCAUGUUCUGAAUGUGGGAAAUGUUUUAAAUGUCAGUCAAACCUUGUUAAACAUCAGAGAACCCACACAGUAUUCUCCUGCUUGGAGUGUGGGGAAUGUUUUACUUGGCAUGCAAACUUUAUUAGACAUCAGAGAACCCACACCAUAUUCUCAUGCUCCGAAUGUGGGAAAUGUUUUACAUGCAAUUCUAACCUUGUUAGACAUCAAAGAAGUCACACUGUAUUCUCGUGUUCAGAAUGUGGGAAAUGUUUUACGUGCAAUUCUAACCUUGUUAAACAUCUUAGAACUCAUACAGGAGAGAAACCAUUCUUUUGUUCUGAAUGUGGGAAAGCUUUUAGCUAUUAUGAAAGCCUUGUUAGGCAUCAGAGAACUCACACUGGAGAGAAACCAUUCUCGUGUGAUGAAUGUGGGAAAUAUUUCAGCCAUAAUGCAAGCCUUGUUAGGCAUCAAAGUACUCACACUGGAGAGAAGCCUUUCUCGUGUUCUGAAUGUGGGAAAUGCUUUAAAAGAAAAUCUCAUCUAAUGCGACAUCAUAGAAUUCACAUUCAAGAGAAACCUUUUUGAAUUUGAGAAAUGUUUUAGCCAGCUGUCCUACAAUGCCAAAUUGUUUGCCAUGCUGAGAGCUUUUUAAAGUAGAAAUAUGAUCACAUUUUGUGUUUUGGGGCAGAGGGGGUUAUAUGUACAGAUUAUGUAGAGUCUGGGGUGAUGUGCAUUAACAUAAAAAGCAUCUUAAUAUGUCUGAAGA